UAUAAACGCAUUUGUUUUUGUGAACAAAACCUUGCAGGCAAAGCAGAACACAUUUCCAGUACUAGAUCAUUGAUGAAGGCCAUUCAUGAACAACACGCUAAACUGGAUCACCGUGAUAAUGAGCUUCGCACCAAGAACAAACAACUGUCUGAUCUGAAGGGCAAGAAGAGACAACUGGAGCAGAAUAUCAGUACAAAACAAGACAGUUUGAGGCAAAUGCAACAGCAUGAGAUCAACCUGCAGGCUACUGAAAAGACAAAUGCCAAAAUCUCUGCUGUAAACAACAAGAAGGUGUCCAUAAUGGAGGAGUACUUGAGUCACAUGAAGGACUGGAGGCCUUCUCCCUAACAUUGGUGGAAUGCAGGGCCUCACCAUCUGUGGAAAAUUAGGAGACUGCACAGAGAAAGACAAGGAGCACACAAGGACUAAUAUGGCAAAUAGUCACCUAAUAUGACAAUAAAAUCAUAAAGAAAUUCGAGUUUCCGUUCAAUGAUUACAUGAGGUAGAUACUGUAUGUUGUAUGCAAUGGUUGCUUUUACGAACCAUAUAAAAACAUGGAUAAUAAUAUCAAAACUAAAAUCUCUCAUUCAAUUAAUAAUGAUUGCAUUAAAAUAAAAUUGAAUGGUUAUAUAAUAGUUUAUUUAUUAUGUAAUAAUUAUAACAGAUUAUAUAUAUAUAUAUAUAUUAUGAAUAAAUGCAGUACAAUAUAAAUGCAUAUUCUCCGGGAGCCGGGCUAAAUGAAUAAUCAUUGCUAUUGCAUUCCUGGCAUGGGCCAGACCCUCAGAUGACAUACGUUACCUGCACCUUAUUGUAAAUGGAAAAUAGAACACUGAUUAAUAUAAUAAGAAUAAAUGAGGACAAAAGAUGAGAUGAGCAAAUUUGCAUUUUUGGGUGAACUAUUCCUUUAAUGAGUCAGUGGCCAUUUCUGGUGAUCCCACAAUUUGGUGACAAAUGAGUGUCUUGUGUGAAAUGAGUUAGUCACUGAAUUCAACGAUCAAAAGAAAAUUUAUCCUUUAAAAUUUGUUUGUCUACAGACCUACAAAGAGACUUUAGUUGAGGUUUUAAGCAUUAUAAGAACAAAGCAAAUCUAUAAUUUCCCUACAGUUUCUAAGCAUGACUCUAUCAAAAGACAACAAUAUUCUUAUAAUAAUUGAGUUUCAAUAACUUCUGUAUGUUUUCAUGUAUAUAAAAAAAGCACGUCUACAUAUCUAUUCACGUCAGUAAAAUGCAUGUUCUUUUAUUUUUGUGUCAUUCAUUUUUUAUUGAUUCUAUAUUCAAAUUAACAAACAACACAUGAAAACACAGAAUCAACUUUUAUCCAUAUAUCCCCCUUUUAUUUCACAAACAUAAGGUAAAAAGCAUAACUUUAUGAAGACUCAUGUGCUGAUAUAUACUCCACUUACAAUGUGUGCUUAAAAGAAGGAUUGUCCUUUUUGUUUUUCUGCAGUGCAUUUUUAAUGCUGCCAAUCAAGAAUGAUAUGCCGAUAACUCUCAUUUGUGUGUUCCUCAACUCUAGAUUAUUAAUUUAGAUCAACAUCAGUGCCGAUAAAAAAACAUGGAUAAAUGAGCAUUGUUGAAAGCAACUUUGUAGAAAUGAAUGGAGCUGCAUUGAUUAGACUGUCAGACUGACGGCCUAUUACGUUGUUUCGGCUCAUGAAUCUCACCUGUGAUUGGCUGGAUGGUUGCUCAAUCAGCCCAAAGUAACAAAACACAAAGAAUACUGUAUACAAAUCCACCAUUUGGACUUGUUAUGGGUUUAGCUUGGAAAAGUGCAGGGGACAAAAAUCACCUUUUUAAAGAAAAGUUAUUUUAAACGGCUGCUACACCCUUGAAUAGGGCAUCACUAGUUCUGAAAUACGGGACACAUGACAUGACUGCUAAAAUAUUGUCAGGGAAAAUGUUUCUUUACAGUCUUCAUACAGAGGAUAAUCUGCUGGCUGUUACAAACAUUUGCUGGGGGUGCUAUGGACUUUCUUUGGGAGGCUGAAACACACGAACCCCUCCCUAGUGCCGCCUCGGAUUAAAAUGCUAUCUUUUGAACUGAACUUGUAUUGAACCUGGAAUAUUCUGCAAUUCUGCAAAUGAAUAAUCAUAAUCAUAGAAAACGGCACAGUACACAUUUUAAUAGCUCUGUACAUAUUUUUAUUUACAUGAUACAAUUUCGCAGUAAUGUUGGGUAACAAGAUUAUAUGUGCAAUACAUAUAAUAAAUAAAGAUGGUUUGUACAAACUUGCAUAACUAAAAUCAAAUCAGAACAGAUUGUUAUUUGUACUGUGUAAACUCACAAAGCUCUAAAUAAACAA